UGAGAGGCAGGGAGGCGCGGAGGACUGUGUGUGUGUGUGUGUGUGUGUGUGUUGGCGGAACAGGAGCGAGCCCUGGAUGUUCCGCUGCUGCUCGUGCUGUGGCUGCGGGUGCGAGCGCUUCAUCCUCCUCCUCAUCCUCAGCAUCAUCAUCAUCAUCAGUGCUGUUCGCUCUUGUGAAGUUCUGCGGUUCUGCAUGAGGCGGAAUGGGACUGAAGAGCAGCGAAACACACGCUGGACCAUGACGCGCGCGCUCACCGUCAUCGUUUGCAUAUUUACUCUCAUCCGAAGUGGACUCUGUGCGGACUCAGAGGAGCGCUUGAUGAACUGGCUGCUGGGUAAAGAGCGCUAUAAUAAACUGAUCCGGCCGGCGCUGAACCGGACCGAGAGAGUGACGGUUCUCCUGCAGGUUUCUCUGGCGCAGCUCAUCAGUGUGAAUGAGAGAGAGCAGAUCAUGACGACGAACGUCUGGCUCACUCAGAACUGGAAUGAUUAUCGGCUGUCGUGGGACCCGGCGGAGUACGAGGGAAUCGACAAGCUCCGGAUCCCCUCCAGACACAUCUGGCUGCCUGAUAUAGUGCUGUACAACAAUGCGGAUGGGACGUACGAGGUGACGGUCUUCACAAACGCCAUCGUCUUGUUCAACGGCAGCAUCGCCUGGCUCCCUCCCGCUAUUUACAAGAGCGCCUGCAAGAUCGAGGUCAAGCACUUCCCCUUCGACCUGCAGAACUGCACGCUCAAGUUCCGCUCCUGGACCUACGAUCACACCGAGAUCGACCUGCUGCUGAAGUCCGAGGUGGCCAGCAUGGACGACUUCACCCCCAGCGGCGAGUGGGACAUCCUGGCUCUGCCGGGCCGGAGGACGGUCAGCGCUCUGGACCCCACCUACGUGGAUCUGACCUACGACUUCAUCAUCAAGCGCAAGCCGCUCUUCUACACCAUCAACCUGAUCAUCCCCUGCGUGCUCAUCACCUCGCUGGCCAUCCUGGUCUUCUACCUGCCUUCGGACUGCGGCGAGAAGAUGACGCUGUGCAUCUCCGUCCUUCUGGCGCUGACUGUCUUCCUCCUGCUGAUCUCCAAGAUCGUGCCGCCCACGUCUCUGGACGUUCCCUUGAUAGGGAAGUACCUGAUGUUCACUAUGGUGCUGGUGACCUUCUCCAUCAUCACCAGUGUGUGUGUGCUGAACGUGCACCAUCGCUCUCCGAGCACACACAACAUGCCGGACUGGGUCAAGCUGGUGUUCCUGGUCAGACUUCCAGCGCUGCUGUUCAUGCAGAGACCGCGGGGAAACUCGGCCCGUCGCCGUCUGCGGGAUCCCGGAUCAUCUCUGCUGGGCUUCGCCGAUCCUCGCAAAUCCGGCAUGUCGUCAUCAGCCUCCGUGCUUUUGGCCGCAUCCUCGGCGCUCUCGUCGCCCGGACACUUUUACAGCAGAGGACCUCAGAUCCAGAAAGGAGAUUUGCGUCCCGCUGGGGACCUGAGAGAGAGCAGGCCGGCUCCAGACCGGGGAUCUGAGAUCCAGGAGGCUGUGGACGGCGUUCGCUACGUAGCGGAUCACAUGAUGGGAAACGACGACGAUCAAAGCGUCGUCGAGGACUGGAAGUACGUGGCCAUGGUGGUGGACCGCCUGUUUCUGUGGAUCUUUGUGAUCGUGUGUGUGGUGGGAACGCUGGGUCUGUUCCUCCAGCCGCUCCUCCAGAGCCACACCGCAGGCAUCCAGCAGCCCAGCGCAGAGCCGUCCAGACGAGAUGGGAUGUGAGCCGGAGAUCUCAAUCAACUCAUGCUUUAUAUAUAUAUACA